AUGGGACAAAAGGGAUCUCAGCUCUUGGCUGAUAUCGAGCAGAACUCGAAUUGUGAGUCUUUUGGAGCAGAAACACACUUCAGUUCGUUCAUGCACAUCGCUCUAAAACAUCCCUUGCCCUCCUCUGCGCCUCCUUCAUCCUGAUCUCCCCUUGAUUGCACCAUCCUUCAUCCUGAACCCCGUCCCGAACUCAACAAGUCUCUGGACCGGAAAUUCAGAGGUUGAAAAAGAGGUUCAUGAAGUUGGAUAGGGAUGGCAGUGGAAGCAUUGACAAGGACGAGUUUUUGCAGAUUCCGGCCAUUGCGAACAAUCCCUUGGCGCUGAGGAUGAUUGCCAUCUUUGAUGAAGAGUGAGUCAGAGAAGCGGGUGCAAUGAUGGGGCUGCAGCGGCGGAGCGAGGAGUUGAAGCCACGCUGAGCUGAGGAGAUGCUGGCUGGCUAGUAGCACAUCGCAAGUCCCUUUCGAGAUUAAGAGUGCUUCACAAAAAGCCGUGCUGUCUAGGUCUCUCCUAUGCAGGCACAAAGGCUUGGACCUUACAAGCUUGCGUCCAGGAGCGACAUCCUAUCUCGCACGAAGCUAGCGCAGCUCCAUUGCCCCCCCCCCACCAGUGUCUUCACUCUUGGUCAGAGAGUGCAGUAUAGGCAGUCUUGACUGACAUUUCGCCAUUCUUGAACCACAGCGGUGGAGGAACAGUGGACUUCCAAGAGUUCGUCGCAGGUCUGAGCGCAUUUAGUAAUCAAGGUAGUCGAGAAGAGAAGCUCAAGUGUGAGUCGGGUAGGAAACACGCCUAUCGGGCGUGUUACUCGUGCCUUCUUUGCUCGGCUGCUCCGUCAUUUGCACGACACUUGACAUGCCUUUGGACCGUCUUGCACGCACCACUCCACAGUCGCUUUCAAGGUGUACGAUAUGGAUCGGGACGGGCUGAUCUCCAAUGGGGAGUUAUUUCUCGUGCUCAAAAUGAUGGUGGGCAAUAAUCUCAAAGAUCAGCAAUUGCAGCAAAUUGUAGACAAGACCAUCAUGGAAGCCGACAAGGAUGGGUGAGCACCUGCUGCUCAAGACGCUCGAAUAGGUCGAGAGUCGGCAGUGGGUCCUGCCCUCCUCUACUCCUCGACGCUGAUGCUGAUGCUCCGCGCCUCUUUUCUCCGCAUCAUAGAGAUGGCAAGCUUGACUUUGCAGAGUUCCAGGAAAUGGUUGCCAACACGGACAUUGCCAAGCAAUUGACGCUCGAGGACUUGUUCUGA